AGAUUCCGCCCCAAACCCCCCAAAUCCUUCCUCGAAGUCUACCACCGCGCCACCACCCAGCGCUUCUACGUUCUCUCCCGCACCCGCCACGAUUCCUCCACGUCCUGCCCAGAAGAAACCGUCGAGUUGACGGGCUCGACAGGCAACAUCUACACGGUCGUCGUCGCGCGGCAGCCGACCUGCACAUGCCCGCACGCGCGCGAGGGCAACCAGUGCAAGCACGUUCUGUACGUCUUGUCGCGCGUGCUCAGGGCGCGGUUUGAGCUGGUGUAUCAGCUCGCACUGCUCGAGGACGAGGUGAGAGAGAUUUUAGAAGGCGCGUCGGUCCCUGGCACAGAUGGCGGCGGUGAUGGUGGGAGCGGGAAUGGCAAGCGCAAGCCAGUCAACGGGGACUGUCCGAUUUGCUUUUGCGAGCUCGAGGGGGAGGCGGUGGUGUGGUGUCGCGCGGAGUGCGGGCAGAAUGUGCACAAGGGCUGCUUUGAGACGUGGGCUGCGACAAAGAGGAAGCAGGGCGCGGGGGAGGUGACCUGUCCGUAUUGCCGGAGUGUGUGGGAAGGGGAUGAGGAUAUGAUCAAGGUGAUACAGCGGGAUGCCAAGAGAAAUGCCGACGGAUAUGUCAAUGUGGCGUCGCAGUUGGGGAUUAGUACGCAGCGAGGUGAG